UCUCAGUAUCACUUCUCUCAUCAUUUCGAUCUUCAGAUUUUCUGUAAGCAGAGAGAAGAAAAGGUAAACAAAGAUCAAGAGUCUAGAUGAGAGGGAUGUAAAAUCGGACACUAGUGGAACAAGAGGUAAAACUUAAAACGCUGGACUGUGGAGAGAAAGAAGAACAAGGAAAAGGUAGAGAAAGGAUUUAGGUAAUGCAUAAGAGGAAAGAGAAGAAACUAGUGAAGACAAGACAUUAUUAUAGCUAACAGAAGGGACGAAAGAGAGAAAGACAAACAAGAAGAGGGAGAGAAGAGGAUCUAAAGACAUCUGGAGGUACUUGGGGAAACUUAGUUGUCCAGGAUGGAUAAAGUGGAACGUGUAAUGAAGAUGGUGAAGAGGAUGUCACCCAGAAAGAAGAGGAGAGAAGGAGGAAGAGGAGGACCGGGGGAGCUGGAGAGUCCAGACACGCUGUGCGAUGAACUGUGUCGAUUCCACCUCUGCAUCUCUGAUGAGGGGCCAUAUGGAAAAACAAAGGACAUCUCUGGACCAGAACACACCAUGACUUUGAGAAGGCACAGUAUACCAGAAGCUCUACGGGGGGUGACCAUGGUGGAACUGGUGAAAAAAGAAGGCAGCACGCUUGGACUAACCAUCUCAGGAGGAACGGACAAGGAUGGGAAACCACGGGUAUCAAAUCUACGGCCAGGUGGGCUGGCAGCCAGGAGUGAUCAGCUUAACGUCGGGGAUUACAUCAAAUCUGUGAACGGCAUCAAUCUGACCAAACUGAGGCAUGAAGAAAUUAUUAGUUUGUUAAAGAACGUUGGAGAGAGAGUCCUGUUAGAGGUGGAGUAUGAGCUGCCCCCUACAGCACCAGACAGCACCUCAGGAGUAAUAUCGAAGACAAUCGACAUCUGUUUGCACAAAGAGGGAAGCAGCUUUGGUUUUGUCAUGAGAGGUGGAACCCAUGAAGACUGGCACAAGUCACGGCCCUUAGUGGUCACCUACGUCAGACCUGGAGGUCCUGCAGACAGAGAAGGAACGCUGCGUCCGGGUGACCGCCUCUUAAGUGUGGACGGCGUUCCUUUACACAACGCCAGCCACAACGACGCCCACAGCGUGUUGGCUCAGUGCGGCCAGGAAGCCCUGUUCCAGAUAGAGUACGACGUCACAAUAAUGGACACAGUGGCUAAUGCUUCUGGUCCGUUAUUGGUGGAGAUUGCAAAGUCGCCAGGGGCAACGCUGGGCAUCACACUAACGUCGGCCAAUCAUCGGAACAAGCAGGUCAUCGUUAUUGACCGGGUUAAACCUGGCAGCGUGGUGGACAGAUGUGGAGCGCUGCAUCCAGGGGAUCACCUGCUGUCCAUAGACGGGACGUCAACAGAACACUGUACAGUGUUGGAGGCAACGCAGUUGUUAGCAAGCACAACGGAGCUGGUCAAGUUAGAAAUCCUUCCUUCACAUCAGACCAGGCUAGCAGGGAAGCAGCAUGACACAGUGAAGGUCCAGAAAUCAGAUCAUCCCCACACCUGGGACCCGUGUAUAAACUACUGCCACCCUCAAAACUCCACCCUCUGCAACACAAGUUCCACCCUCAACAAGUCCUGGACCGCAUCCAACAACAACACAAUCAACAGCCUGGACUACUGCAAGUCUCUUGUAUGUGCCAGUUUCUCCACCAGCUCUACCACCACAUCAGGCCCCAGCAGCCAGAGCUCAAACACGCUGCCCAGGCCUGCAGUUCCCAUGAGUCCUCGCAACUCGCUGCUCAAACGACGGCAGAGGAAGAAAGAGCACAAAAGUUCCUUGUCCCUGGCAUCGAGUUCGGUUGGUCCUGGCGGUCAGGUGGUCCAUGUAGAGACCAGUGAGGUCGUCCUGACAGGUGAUCCUCUCAACGGCUUUGGAGUGCAGCUGCAGGGAGGAAUAUUUGCAACUGAAACUCUCUCUGCGCCUCCACUCAUUCGAUUCAUCGAGCCGGACAGCUCAGCCGAGAGGUGUGGCCUGCUGCAGGUUGGAGACCGUCUUUUGUCAAUCAACGGAAUCCCCACAGAAGACGGGACACUCGAGGAAGCCAAUCAACUUCUCCGAGACGCUGCAUUGACCAAUAAGGUUGCGCUGGAAAUCGAGUUUGAUGUAGCAGAGUCGGUGGUGCCUAGCAGUGGCACGUUCCAUGUCAAGUUACCAAAGAAAAGAGGAGUGGAGCUGGGGCUCACCAUCAGUGCCAGCAAGAAGCCUGGAGAGCCGCUCAUCAUUUCUGACAUCAAGAAAGGCAGCAUGGCUCACAGAACUGGGACUCUGGAGCCUGGCGACAAGCUUUUGGCGAUUGACAACAUCAGGCUGGAGAAUUGUUCCAAGGAAGACGCAGAGCAUAUUCUCCAGCAGUGUGAGGAGCUGGUCAAACUAAAGAUACGCAAAGAUGAGGACAACUCAGAUGAGCAGGAGACGUCAGGCAGCAUCAUCUACACUGUGGAGCUGAAGCGCUAUGGAGGCCCUCUGGGUAUAACCAUCUCAGGCACAGAGGAGCCUUUUGACCCCAUCACUAUAUCCGGCCUGACCAAGCGAGGCCUUGCAGAGAGGACGGGCGCUAUUCAUGUGGGUGACCGGAUAUUGGCCAUCAACAGCGUCAGUCUGAAAGGGAAGCCGCUGAGCGAAGCCAUCCAUCUGCUUCAGAUGGCCGGAGAGACGGUGACCCUCAAAAUUAAGAAGCAGCUCGACAAUUUAGAGGAGAGGAAAGCAGCAGACGCUGAGGACGCGACAGAGAAUGAGGUCAGUGACCCAGAGGAGGAUGAUCUGACAGACAGCCAACAGACCAAUAAGCUGUCAGAACUUUACUCCACCACUAUCCCGAGUGUGGACUCGGCCAUGGAGUCCUGGGACGGUUCUGGACUGGACGCAGGAUACGGCAGCCAAGGUACAUACGCACAACAAGGAGCGGGCAUCGCCCUCCACCCACAUGAGUGGCGCAGCUCCAAACAGCAACGUAGCACAACGCCCCCUCCUGGAAGAAGGAAGAACUACCCGUUUAGUGAUGGAGGCUUCAGUGAGGAUGAGUGGGACAAACCACCAGGAUUUGUUGGCCAACCACCAGAUGGUAUCCUGCUGGAUCCGGAUGACAGUUUUUGGUGUCAGGCUCUGGAAGACCUGGAGACUUGUGGUCAGUCUGAACUUCUCAGAGAGAUCGAGGCUUCCAUCAUGACAGGUACAGCCAUCAGUCUGGGAGUAGAAGGUGCCAACAAACCUCCAGCUGAGCCCAUCCUGAGCCACAGGAUGAGCCCCCUGCGAAGAAACUCCCUCCUCCUUCAGGCAAACCUGCUUCACCAGAACGCACACCUGCACCAGGGGCUCCAUUUACACGAGGACGUCCAUCUGCAUGAUGAGGCCCACAUCCACCAAGACUCCCACUUGCAUGACGAGGCCCAUUUUAACCACGAGGCCCACCUGCACCAUGGAGCCCACAUCCACCAGGAGAACCAGUCCCCCCUCCUGCACCACGAUCCGAAGCUCAAGGCUUCAUUAAGAGUGUCAGAGAGGACGUGGGAGUCUCGUCGGAUCAAAGAGGAAAUGCAGGGAAUUUUGUCCCCAACACCUCUGGAGCUGCACAAAGUAACGGUGAUAAAGGACCCGGAGAGCGAUGACUUUGGGUUUAGCGUGUCCGACGGCUUCCUGGAGAAAGGAGUUUAUGUCAACAUGAUCAGGCCCGAUGGGCCAGCCGACAGAGCCGGACUGAAGCCCUUCGACAGGAUCCUGCAGGUCAACCAUGUCAGAACGAGAGACUUUGAUUGCUGCUUGGCGGUGCCGCUCAUCACCGAGGCUGGAGACAGACUGGAGCUGGUCAUCAGCAGGAACCCGCUGGCCGGCGACACGCCGGAAGACAACAACAACACGUUAGACCAUCCCCUAAGUCUGUAACCAACAAUGCAAACAAACACACACGCUCUUUUCAACUGCGCAUUAACACUACAAGUCAUGAAUUGUGAACAUAUUUACUGUGACUGGCUUGGGAAUAAACACAGGCGAGCAAUAAUUCUGAAUAUACAGAGACUGAAAACACUGAAGUACAAACAAAAAGCCCUGCAUGCACACAUUCCAUUUACAGAGUUGUACUGCUGUUAUACAGUAUAUUCUUUAUACAAAAAUAUUAAAAGAUAAAAUAAAAAUGUGACUACAAUAUAAAAAAAUCACAACACCAAAAUUUCAUUAAAACAUGUAAAUUCCAGAAAUUCUGAUUCUUUUUAUUUUGUUGUUUACAAGUGAAUGAAAAUCAACUAAAUGGGUCAGGUGGUGCUUUUUUCUGUUUUUACAAAAAUGCAUGGGUCAUGUUCUAGAUUUUAUAUAAUUUGGAGAAGAAAAACAAAAAGUGAUGUUUUAAGGAGCAAAUUAAGGCUGAACAUAGAAGAUAAUAGAUGUUAUCUAACUUUAGCAAAUGGCUCAUCCAGCUGUGGUCAUGUGAGACGUUCAUAAUGUGUUUAAACACAGUUUAAACACAAUAAAAGCUUCUUUUAGCCAAUAAAAGCUUCUUUUAGCUCUUUUAUGGACUUUUCAAUUUUAUUCCAUUGCAUAAAAUGAAUCACUAAACAAAUCAAUAAAAAUCUGAAAUUCUUCAAAUUAGAACAAUAAUGACAUUACUACUGCCAUUUUUUCAUAACUGUUAAAACAACUAAAAGUAUUGAAUCUGCUCUUUAAUAAGUUAUUUUAAAUGGAAGUUAUUUUCUCAGUACUGCAAAUAGACAGAUGUCAAAGAAAAAACAUGUCAGUAUCAACAUAUGAGCUUAAGAACAUAAUAUUGUGGCCCUCUCUCCAUUUUCAUGCCUAAUGCUGAGAAAUUGGCCAUUUAGUGGCCAAAAACCAUCGAAACCCUGUGAAAUCCACCUUUUCUUAACCAAACGGUCAGAGAUUUUUGAGUUUAAAUCAGAAAAAACAACACAUUUUCUCUAAACAUUUAAAAUGCCAUCUUAAAAUUGCAGUGAAAUAAACGUAAUUGUGUUUUAUGUUAGUCCAGCUGGACUCUGUUGGAUAUGUCUGAGUCACGACCUCCACAGAGAAACAUCAGGAACACUUUUUUAAUUAAAAAAACUGCAUUAAUUUAAAACUUUUAUCAUUUAUAACCUUCUAAAUAAAUCUUUAGUGAUAUUACACAAAUCAAACUCUUUUAAUAAAUGCUGAGCUGCGUUUUGCUUGUCUUACCUUGAUGUUUUGUCAAGCUGAGAUGCGCAAAAAUGAUUUUGUCAGCUUCCUGCCACAAAUAGAUUCACAGUGAUUUGCAAGAAUGUGAGAAAUGAAAAUGAUUUGUACAUAUUAGAAGAUAUAGAUAUGGAGAAACAGGUGCUAACAUUUUGUAAAAUAAGGAUUCUUUUAAAGCUUAAAAAUGUUAUUUAAACCAGAUUCAAAGGCAAAAGAGGAAAUAAGAAAACCUCAUUCUGGACAUUUGUGUUCACUGUUCAGAUUAAGUUAAUGCUGAAAUAUGUUUUAAAAACUCCCAGUUUUUAUGUUGAUAUUGGCUAUCUGUGAAAUGUUCCAUGACUAAUGUGGUGUUUUGCACAGCUGUGCAUGCAGCUGCAACGCUGUGACAGAUUAUUUAAUGCCUGUCAGAUUGUAACAUCCAAGAAAAAACUGUUUUCAAAUGACCAUUUUAUUAAUUAUGGGAAAAAACUACCAAACCAACUUGGCUCUUUGUGAAGAAGUAAUAAACCUGAUUUUUGCCAACAUUGGCAGCAACAGCUGUCAUUAAAAGUUUGAGACAAAUAGCAAAGAGUCUUAAAUUCCUACGGAUUAUUUUUUACUGACUCUUCUUUGCAUCAUUGUUUUAACUCAACCUUCCCAGCAUGAACAGCCUGUUUGAGGCCAUCGCUCAUCAUCUCAGAUGGAUGGCUGCUUAACCCCAGUGAGCCUCAGUCUAAGGUCACACUGAGAGCCACACAUUCCCCUCCAGGACUUCAGAGAACAUGAAUGAUGGUCAUUCACGGUUCCAGUAAUGACAGGUUCUCCUGCUGCUGAAGAAGCACAGAAGCCCCAUCAAUCACAGAACAACAUCCAGCUGAAUUUUUCUGCAAUAUUGUUAGUUUUACACCAGAUGUAAUGAGACCUUGGAUGUCUGACCUUAACUGAUGCACAUGAGGCCUGCACAACUUUAGAUGUUCAUCUGGGUCCUUCACUUUAAUUACAGGUCAUUUAUUGUUUAGUAAAGAAGGAGAUAUGUUUUUCACAUACCUCUAGGUUUGCAUGGAUAGUUUUUUCCCCUUAAUACAUUCAAUAAUUAUUUGAAACCUUCUUUUGUAAAUUCUCAGGCUGUUUUUGGCCGAUACUAAACCAUCUAAGUUUCACAAAACCAAAAAAAGAAGCAGUCUGUACAGGGAAGAAGACUUUACUACUGUACAACUCAGCAGUAAGCGACAUCAGGGUGUGAGAAAGACAUGAAAGAUGAAUACCAGGACACUUGUGAGUGUGAGAGAACAGAAUAGGCUUUGUCCAGCGAAGAACUGGAAAUGUUUGACAGGAACAAUUACAUCCUCUGUUCCUUUUGGCUGUCUGUCUGUCUGUCUCACUCUUUCCUCAGCUGUUAUGUAACACAGCACGGCUCCAGCUGCUCCCCUUGAGAAAACCACGUGUGUAAGAAAGGUGGAGUGUGUGUGAUGCAGAAGUCAUAUUUUUUCUGAGAGUAAAUGUAAAGGUGUGGUGUGUUUCCAGUUUUAUAAUUUCUCUUUUUACAGAGUGGACAUGACAGAAAUAGGUGUUGUUCAUCUUACUGCUCAGCUGUGAUGUUUUUCACUUUCUGCUCUGAAACUCACAUCAGACUCAAAACAGCAGAAACUCAACGCACAUAAGAAAAAUCUCUGCCAACUCUCCACAAUUAAAAGCACACUGUUGAAUUUCAUACUCUGUAUUUUCAUGGACAACUGAACAAACAUGUCUGAGUGCAUUUUAUAUUGUGAAGUGGCCAAAAAAGAUCUUUAAAAGCUGGAAAUUACAAAAAUAAAAGUAAAAUAAGGUGAAAUAUGAGAAUGCAAGUAAAGCCUCCAAAAGGGUUUGGUAGUUCUUUAAAUAUAUAUAAAUAUACAUAUAUAAGUAUGUAUGUAAGUAGUGUAUGUGUGUGUGAUCAUUCAUGCUCCAUUUGCGUUUCCGGGUUAGUUUAAAGCCCAAUCCAGAACCGUGGGUUUCAUGUCAAAAAUCAAGUUAACGACUCUUCUUCUGUCAUCAUGUUUAUUUCCACUUUUAGAGUUGAUUCUUGAGUAUUAAAGUACAAAAAUAAAGUUGUUAGUUUAUAAUAAUUAGCUUAAAUUUACUGUGUCUUUGGGGGGAAUCACAGUUUUAACUGUCCUUGUGACAAUAAA